AUGGGUUGUACCGCGCUGCUGGGGCUCAGGGGACCGCGGCUGUUGAGGGCCGUCGCCCGCCCGCCCCGCUGGAGCAGGCGGCACAGCACCGACUGCGAGCCCCCGGCGGGAGCCGCGGUGCGCAUCGGCUGCGCUUCGGGCUUCUGGGGAGACACGGCGAUCGCAGUGCCGCAGCUGCUAUACGGAGGGAAGCUGGAUUUCCUCGUCUUCGAUUAUCUGUCCGAGAUUACCCUGUCGUUGCUGGCGGCUGCCAAAGCCCGGUCUCCCGUUUUAGGUUACACUCCAGAUUUUGUCUCUGCUGCCAUGGCUCCCUAUAUAAAAGAUAUUCACAGGAAAGGUGUUCGUGUCAUCAGUAACGCUGGUGGAGUUAAUCCGCUUGCUUGUGCAGCUGCCCUUCAGGAGGUGGCAAAGAAAGCAGAUGUUGAUUUGAAAAUAGCUGUUGUUGCUGGAGAUGACCUAAUGAGUGAGAAGGAGAACCUGAAAGGAGCUGGUAUCACUGAUAUAGAGAGUGGCAAACAAUUUCCAGAGAGCAUUCAUAGCAUGAAUGCGUAUCUUGGAGCACGGCCAAUAAGCAGGGCUCUUGACCUUGGAGCUGAUAUUGUUGUGACAGGUAGAUGUGUCGACAGUGGGAUUGUAUUAGGACCACUCAUUCAUUCUUUUGGCUGGAAUAGGGAUGAAUUUGACUUGCUAGCUGCGGGAAGCCUUGCAGGUCAUCUCAUUGAAUGUGGUGCUCAAUGUACAGGUGGAAUAUUCACUGAUUGGCAUGCAGUACCAGACUGGCACAACAUAGGCUUUCCCAUUGUUGAGUGUUCCUCUGAAGGAGACUUUAUUCUUUCUAAACCACCAGACACUGGGGGACUAAUCUCUUUUGGCACUGUAGCUGAACAGCUGGUAUAUGAAUUGGGCGAUCCUCAGCGCUGUCUCUUACCAGAUGUCACAUGUGACUUUUCCAAAGUUUCCAUCACUGAAAUUCCAGGUUUUGAUGGUGGGGCAGUGAAAGUUCAUGGAGCAAAAGGAUCGCCUCCUUCAGCAUUUUAUAAGGUAAAUGCCACUUACCUUGAUGGCUUCCGAGCUACUGCUGUCUGUCCAGUGGGAGGUCCAAAAGCAAUACAAAAAGGAAAACGCACUGCAGAAGGUAUUCUGCAGAGGACUCGUCUUAUUUUCAGUCAGCUUGGGUAUGAAGAUUACAGUGCAGUUAACAUACAGGUUUUAGGGUCUGAAGAUACAUAUGGACCUCAUGCUAGAAGGAGUAUAGAUGGUGGUCCUCGAGAAGCUGUUAUUUGGCUUGCUGUACACCAUAAGCAAAAAGAAGCUGUAGAAAUCUUCUCCAGAGAAGUUGCUCCAGCUGGAACUGGCAUGGCACCUGGCCUCACUGGAAUUGUUGGAGGGCGUCCCAGAGUGUCUCCAGUUUUGAAGCCAUUUUUCUUCUAUUAUCCUAAAAGCAGCGUUCAGGUCAGCCUAUUUCUAAAUGGGCAGCAUGUUGAGACAUUUGAGGAGGAUCUUACCUUUACAUCAGAUGAGUUGGUUUCAUUUGGUCCACCUGAGAUUAGCACUGAAUUGAAAGAUCUGCCAAGUGGUCCGCAUACUUACCGCUUAGAAGAUCUUGCCUAUACUAGAAGUGGAGACAAAGACAACUCUGCAAACAUAGGUGUGAUAGCACGGCAUCCUCUCUACUACCCAUACCUAAAGAAAACUUUAACUGCUCAAGCCCUGGAGAACUACUUCCAACACCUUUUAGAGCAAGAAAAAACAGAAGAAGAACUAGUAACAAGAUACGAGUUGCCAGGAAUCCAUGGAUUAAAUUUUGUUCUGAAGAAUUCCCUUGGUGGUGGUGGCAUAGCAUCCCUAAGAAGUGACCCACAGGGCAAAGCACUUGGACAGAUGCUGUUGGAUUUCCAGAUUAAAAAUGUUCCUGAUUUAAAAUCACUGAUAGAGUAACAGGUGUUUAAUACAUAUGCUUUUAACACUGAGUGGUAUCAAAACAUGUUAUUAACAAGAACUGGCUUCUUGAGAUAUUCUUUUUUCUUAAAGAGUAGAAAUUAGUGACAAUUAUCUCUCAGAGGCUUAGCUAUAUGGCACAGAUUAGAAAAUGUUUUGAGUAAUACAAAACUAAUAGCUUUGUCUGUGACUGAUGACAUUUCCCGUCCAGAUAAUACAUUGGAUGAAGAAUUAAUUUAUUUUCUGUAAAACAGAAUUAAUCAAAUGCAACAUAACAUUUAAUAAUAAGAUAAACUUUGUUUGAAGAUGGAAAUUACCUCCUGUUCAGUCCAUUUCUCUUUUCCUUCUGUCAGUCUUUAUUUGAAAAUUAAAUGGACUGAUCUAGUUGCAAUCCUAUCAACUGUCCUGUGUGUAGAGUGAGCUGGAUAACCUGCUGUGCAUUGCUGCAGAGUCAGCACUGUCUGGUACUGGGGAGCAGCUUUCUCUGUGGGGCAAUAAAGGAAAGUUAUAAUUGCUGUUGUUACAUAGUAACUGGUAGUAAAUGCUGACCUUUGAUGGUGAUCCACCAAACUUCCAGCACUUUGUCCAGCUAAUGACAGGCUUCAUUUUUAUAUUUUACAACAUCUCUUACUAGUUAAUCUGUCGAUUGAAAGCACUGACUAUUAGGAAAUUGCAGAUUUUAGUGUGGGAUUAAAUCUGAAGAUGAGGAUAGUCUGCCUGCUUGUGCUCUCUUGUGAUAGUGCCAUCCUGGCAGGGAGGAAGGGGAUUGGGUGUCAGGGGGAUACCUCAUUUUGUUUCAGGGCUGUUAAAUCCUCAUUUUGUGCAGCAGAGUCCUGCCUGAAUUAAGCUUAUCUGGCUGUCAUUUGCAUUGGUUUUCCCACAGAAAGGUCCACAAACUUCCCACAGAAAGGUCUGUCUCCUGCUGCGAAGGAAUAAGAUGCUGAAUGUAGCAUGCUCCAUCUCUCUAUUGACUCCCAGUUAUGACCUCCCCAUCUCCCUUCCUACAGAAUAUGAAUAGCAUGUUCAAAUUAAGGUACUGUUAAACUACUUCACCUGAUUAAGCAGAGACUUAAAAGUUCAUAUCAUACUUCCUGGGACAGUGUCAGGGUGGAAGUUCUGGCCCGACAACUGUGUGUAUUUCCUCUGCAGAAGCCACAGAAAUAUUACUCCACAUGUUCAGGCGUUACGUAUUCAGAAAUCAGUAUUUUCCAUUAUUUUGGGGAGACUAUUAAUUGUUAGUGCUGACAAAUGAGAUAAAAUUAUGAAAAUAUUUUAAAUUGUCAGCAAAAUACCCGUUGUUCCUAAAUCUCUGUCUGUGCUACCCCUAAUACUAAUUUCCUAGCCUUCUGAUUGCUAGUGAGGACUAUGAUUAUUCCCACCUUUUCUGUGGUUUUGUUCAUUUGCAUUGAGGAUAUCAUAAAUUAAUGCUUUAUCCAACUAAACAUACUAUUCUCUUAGCAAGUCAUAAGUACAAUCUGUGUAUACAGCAUGGUUCUCUGUAGUUGUAAAAAUGAGUAAUUUCAUUGCAGAAAAAUAUCCAGCUUAAUAACUUCAAGGGGAAAACAGCAUGCUGGUUUUAUGUUUACAGUCCUUGUUUGUUAGAAAAUUCUUGUUAAUAAUGUGGAAGCCUAACAAAACAGUUUAACAAAACAGACAAAGGUAUUGAGAGGAAAUGAAAAAGUGGUAGACUUUGGUAGCAAGGAUAUCCUACAAGGAUAAAAAGGCUACAGUAAGUACUUGCAGUUCACUCAAUAUGCUGCUAAAGUGACUCUAUAAAUGUGUAUGCAACAAUUUCUGAAUAAAAGUGAACAUUUAUAAAGAA